AUGUUCACGGAACAUUGCUUUCGCAUUGAUAUUGACAAGAGUAGUAUACUUCGGGUCGUCAUUGAUGAGUUUGUAGAGGACACUUGUGCUUGUUAUAAUAUUUUUCUUGAAUUGAAACAUCCUCCACAAGUACGCAGGAAAACAGAAAUGGAUCAGAAGUGGCAACGAUUGGUGGCACCAACGAGCGAAAAAGAGGACAUACAACAAAUAAGUAGCCUUUGGAUGUGUAACUUUGCAGCGUGUAAUUCCCUUCUGAUCAAACGGUGCAUUCCACAAUGUAUGCAGCAAUACCCUACUUAUGAACCCUAUCUUGUGGAAUUUAACACCAACGUCCAUGAUCAUGUGUCGCUUCAAUACACUGUUGAAGGUGUUGGCAUGAACGGAAUUCCCAACAACCGUAAUUUUGAUGCACUCCCGUUUGGAAUAAGAUAUCUCUUACUGUGCUUCAAUACCCAAAUUUGUGGGCUAUUGAACUGUCAACAACGAGUGGACUACAUAUGCCACUCCAUUUCAGAACUAAUUCAAAUAUGUUCGAAUAACAUUGUCAUGGUGGAAGAAGUGCUGAGAGGAAUACUGGCUUCAGAAAUAAUCUAUCCAGACGAUUUUAUGGACAAGUUCCAUGCAUGGCGUGAUGAACACAAACCCAAAGAGACGACAGGCAACUCCAAGAACGGAUAUCAAAUUAGAAAACUGGUGAUUACUCCAACAAGAAUACUGUUUUUUGAUAAAUCUCAUGAAGGAGGAAAUUAUUUGCUGAGACAUAAUCCAGCUUAUGUGGAAAGUUUUAGCAGGGUUUCAUUUUGUGACGAAGAUCGACACUCGCUGUUUCCUCAACAGUUUGCAAAUCUCGCACAUCGAGUCACAUAUUUUGUUGACAGUUAUGGAAUUCCUCUCUUUAACGGAAGAUACGAAAUGUUGGCUUACUCAUCAAGUCAACUUAGAGCAUUCAGUUACUGGAGUAUCUAUGUUGAUAACGAAACGGACAAGAAAGGCCUUCCUAAAACCAUUAUUGACAAGUUGGGAAACUUCUCUGACGAAGAAUGUGUUGCAAAGAGAGCAGCCAGAAUUGGUCUCUGCCUCACACAAACCUAUGAAGGAGAAGAGGUCCUCUUCGACAAGACAACUGACAUUAUCAGCAGUGCUAACAGUAAUUUAAGUGAUGGAAUUGGAAGAGUUUCUGAAACCUAUGCGAAAGAGCUUGCACGUAAACACAACAUUCAACUUCAUGGUCAGUCGUAUAUACCUUCUGCAUUUCAAUUUCGGUUGGCAGGUUAUAAAGGAGUAGUGGUAGUGGAUCCAAAUUUGCACAAACAAACUUCGAAAGAAUUAUUAUUGAGCAAAAGUCAAUGUAAAUUCAGUAACUCGGACAAUAAGUCGUUUGGGCUAGUUUCAUACUCGAGAAGAAGACCAGCCGAUCUCAAUAGACAAAUAAUUGCCGUGUUGGAUUCUAAUGGACUUCCUGAACAAAAUAUUUUGCACCUCGUUCAAGAAAAUUUAGAUGAGAUUCAAAAUUAUGCAAAACAAUAUCAUGGAUUGAGAAAGACACUGUCGAAGGAGCAGCAUGCUAUUGCACAAAAUAUCAAACUGUCAUUACAGAACGAACAUGCAAGCGUGAUAUUGCAACAUGAUCCAUUGAUAACUCUGGCUCAAAGGCUAGGAUUCGAAAAAUCACUUUCACAUUUGAAAAGUCACAUUCCGUUAAAAAGAUCAGCCUUGCUGAUGGGUGUUCUUGAUUUUGAAGGAGUACUGGAGGAAGAUGAGGUUUUUAUUCAACUCUCUCCGCAUCAUGAAUGUGAACAACCAUUGUAUGCUAACCAUGCCAAUUGCUAUGAGAAGGGAGGAGUGGUGGAAGGUCAGGUGAUUGUUACAAGAAGUCCAGCUCUUCAUCCGGGAGAUGUUCGUAAAUUGAAAGCAGUCAAUGACGGGACUGGAAAACUAUCUCAUUUGAAAGACGUGAUUGUGUUCAGCUCAAAAUCAUUGAUUUCACAACCAAGCAAAAUGGGAGGUGGUGAUCUUGAUGGAGAUGAAUUUUUUGUAUCUUGGGAGCCAUUACUGAUGGAUUUUCAAGAGUGUGAACCAUUGCUUGAUCACAACCGGCUUAAUGCUCAAUUAGAAUCAGCCCAAAUGUGCGACGAAAAUUAUCAAAAUUACUUGGCACCGAGACAGUUUUUCUGUGAAUAUAUUCACAAUGAGCAUAUUGGAGCUAUAGCAAACGCCCACUUGAAAUUGUAUGACUGGUCGAAGCAUAAUGGAAGUCAUGAAGGUGUUCGUGACAAACAAUGUUUGCAGCUGGCUGAAAUUCAUAGUCACCAAGUGGAUUAUGCCAAAUCAGGCAAGAAGAUCAAAUACAAUUUUCCUAAUUGUAACACUCCACACUACAUGACCAAGGAUCGUCAUUCUGACAAUACUUAUCACUCCAAGUCAGUGUUGGGUCAAUUGUUCGACAUGGUUGAGAAUUUUAGAAGCAACAACUUCCUUUAUUUGUCACAUUCGAGUACUACUAACUCGAAUACUUUCAAUGUUCUAGACUUGGAAAUGCUUAAAUUAUUCCCCAAUUCUUUAACGUUCAAAGACAAGCUGUAUUCCGAAAUAGACAACUUGUAUGAAGACUAUGUACGCGGGUUGAAAAGUUUAAUGAAGAGAUACCAUAUCGAAGCUGAGCACCAAUUAUUGUUCAGCUUGGUUAACCUUAAAGAAAAGCAAGUACAAUGUGGAAAGUCAUGGUAUAAACUCUCCAAGGAAAUCCCCGAAGAAGUACGAACGUUUACCAACACCAGUAGACAAUCAUGCGUUGACUUGAUUCAACAAUUGGUGUCCAACCACACUCAAAUCAGUAGCGGUGAAAAGAUAUGUUUGGAACGUCCUUUUAUUGGUUGGUAA